AACCGACCAGAAACGUUCAUCAAUACCAGAAGAUCUAAUUCGUGGCUACGGAUGCUCAUUAUGAAAAUGAGAAAUGCCAGAAUGAGCGGUUGGUAACCCUUGACUACCGCUGGGAACUUCCGGUCGUCUGUGGAGUUGUUGAACUUUGGCCGUGAUCGGACGGAACAUGUCAUCUCUACGCGUUCGUGAUCAGUGAUAAAAAAAAUAAUACGUACAUAGGCUUUAGAGACAGAAACGCGAGUGACAUGUGUGUGAAAUAAUAGCUAGGUCAACCAUCAGUGUAGUGAACGCGCGGCGCUUAUAUAUGAGGUCAAAGUCCACUGUUUUCCGUGCAGCUCGGUUGAUGAGGCGUGUAGUGAGCGAUAUGUCGGAAAACAUGGUCUACUACGCAAAGCGUCUGUUCGAAGGUGUGGUGGGUGGGGCACUCUACUGGGGCCUUGGGGCACCGGCUCCUGUGGCUGCCCUAGGGGUCUUGGGGGCCUACCUUCUUACAGGAGGAUAUGAAUUCGCCUGGGUUGUGAUUAAGACAUUCCGAAGAGAUCUCAGGGGGCUGAUCGUUCUGAUUCGAGUUCGGAUGGGAGUCAGGAAACACCUAAAAAAUAAAGACACCAUUCCUAUCUUAUUCGCACGCACAGUUAAACGCUAUCCUAACAAACCCGCAAUUAUUUCUGAGAACGCAACUUGGACUUACAAAGAAAUUGAUGAGUUUUCAAACAGAGUGGCCAAUUAUUUUCAUGAGGCUGGAUUUAGAAAAGAUGAUGUUGUGUCGUUGUUCAUGGAAAACCGUCCAGAAUUUGUGUGCUUCUGGAUCGGCCUGGCAAAAAUUGGAGUGGUUAGCUCCCUUAUUAACUUUAACCUCAAAGGGGAGCCAUUAUUCCAUUGUAUCCAGGUCUGCAAGGCUAAGGCAGUGAUAUUCGGUGGAGAAGUGGCUGGAGCCAUGAAGGACAUCCAGGACAAAUUUCCAUCCAGUAUGCAGUUUUUCAGUAGUGGUGAGAUGUCCAGUAAUGACAUUUCCUGUUUACAUCUGGACUCAUUGCUGAAGAAAUGCCCAACAUAUCAGCCACCUUCAGUACCAGGUUCAUUCAAAGACAAACUGAUCUACAUUUACACAUCAGGCACAACUGGAUUACCUAAAGCUGCUGUCAUCACACAUAUUAGAUAUUUUUACAUGUCAAUGGGGAUCCGCUACGGCUACCGUCUGACGUCUGAUGACAUUCUGUACACGAUACUACCUCUGUACCACUCUGCUGGAGGCGUCUUGGGGAUGGGCAAUGUCCUCUUAGGGGGCACCACCAUGGUGAUCCGGAAAAAGUUCUCGGCCAGUCGAUUCUGGGAUGAUUGUGUCAAGCAUCAGUGCACGGCUGCCCAGUAUAUCGGUGAGAUCUGUCGUUACCUGAUGGCCCAGCCUUUCCGUCCCUCCGAGAACCAGCACAAAGUACGCCUAAUGUUCGGCAACGGACUGCGACCACAGCGUUGGAGAGAAUUUCAGGCCAGAUUUGGGGUGCCCCAUGGCGAGUUCUAUGGGGCAACGGAAGGCAAUGCUAGUGUCAUUAACACUGUAAACAAGGUUGGUGCCGUGGGUUUCACGACACGUAUCCUGCCUUUCAUUUACCCAAUCUCGCUGAUACGUGUGAACGAAGCCACGGGAGAGCCGCUGAGAGAUAGACGAGGAAUGUGUAUCCUGGCACAGCCUGGAGAGUCUGGUGAGCUUGUUGGGAAGAUCACCAAGUCCGACCCGCUCCGUCAGUUCGAUGGUUACGUCUGUGAGAAUGCCACCAGUAAGAAAGUCGCCCGUGAUGUCUUCAGGAAGGGAGAUUUAGCCUUCUUAACUGGUGACAUCCUUACAAUGGACAGGUAUGGAUUCCUCUAUUUCAAGGACCGAACAGGUGACACAUUUAGAUGGAAGGGAGAGAACGUGUCAACAGCAGAAGUGGAGGCCGUAGUCAGUAACAUCAUCAAGCUGAAGUGUGCAGUCGUGUACGGGGUAGAGGUACCAGGUGCUGAAGGGAAGGCAGGCAUGGUAGCUAUAGCUGAUGAGGAUGGCACUGUGGAUUUGACCUCUCUGGCCUCUGACCUGGCCAGGUCACUUCCUGUCUAUGCACGACCUGUGUUUGUGCGGCUGAUGAACAAGGUGGAUACCACAAGCACCUAUAAGCUGAAGAAGACAGAGCUGAAGAAUGAGGGUUACAACCCUAAUGUAGUGAGUGACAAGCUGUACUACAUGGACCCCAAGUCACGGCAGUACCAGCCCCUGACUCGGGAACUCUACAAAGACCUCUGUGAGGGGCGUCUGGGACUCUGAAAUCUGCCAUGCCGGAACGUAUGUUUUACAACAUUU